CGGAAGAGCCGUGACGUCCCGGCGGUGGGCGGGGCUGCGGCGUGCGCGGGUGUGACAGCAGCAGUGACGUCGGCAGCGAGUUCAGUGGCUGGUGUGACAUCACCAAUGUCACCAGGAACCAGGUGUGACAUCACCGGCCGUGUGUGACAUCACCAGUGACAUCACCAACCAGGGAGGUGGCGGUGACGUUGCGGUGACAUUGUGGCGACAUUGCUGUGACAUUAUGCUGACAUCACAGUGACAUCACAGUGAUAUCGUGGUGUCAUUGCGGUGACCUCGUGGUGACAUCUCGGUGACAACCCGGUGACAUCGCAGUUGCAUCCCGGUGACAUUGCGGUGCCAUCACAGUGACAUCACAGUGACAUCUCGGUGCCAGGUGCCACCCCGGCCAUGCUGCGCGGUGCCCGGGCGCUGGCCCUGUUCCUGUCCCCUGUCCCCUGUCCCCGGCGCCGCUGCCACCGUCCGUGUCCCCCCCCGCGGGACCUGGCUGUCCCCAACCCCGGCUGGAGCGAGCGCAUGAGGGAGCGGCACCGGGAGCUGCUGGAGUGGGCGCGGGACGAGGGCUGGACACGGGUGCCGAGCUACCGACAGUACCUGCCCCAGAUGCUGGUGCAGCCCGGUGCCGGUGCCGGUGACAGGGACAGGGACAGGGACACGCGGCUGUUCCCGAGGGCCAUCGAGGGCGACGGGGACGGCUUCGAGUUCGUCACCUUCAUGAGUGUCCCCAAGGGCCGCCUGCGCUGCCUGUGCCAGCUGGGGCCCUUCCUCGAGGGACACCCGGGGCUGGCGCACGGCGGUGCCAUCGCCACCCUCAUUGACACCUCGCUGGGGACGCUGGCGCUGGCGGUGGCCGGGCGGGUGGUGACAGCCAACCUGAGCAUCGACUACCUGGAGCCCGUCCCCCUGCUCUCGGUGCUCCUGCUCGAGGCGUUCCUGCAGCGCCACCAGGGCCGGAAGCUCUUCCUGGGCUGUGACCUGUGGGACGCUGAGGGGACAACGCUGCACGCCAAGGCCACCGGGCUCUUCAUCCAGGGACACUGGACAUGGGACCACUGCACGGGCAGGGGACAUUGGGGAUGA